AUGGUCAUUGACAUUCGUUCUGGCAGAGCACAGGUCCAGGAUGUCUCCUUUCCCAUUUAUGAUACAAGGGGCAAGACCAUGUCUGCCAAGAAUGUCAGCCAAGCUCUCAUCAUUUGGCACACCUCCUCCAUACUGCCUCACUGCCACUUCUUCAUGCAAGUUUGCCACAGCUUGUUACAGGAUGUACAAUACACCAUCAACAGCUCACUCUGGACCUCUCCUGACAAAGCAGGGCCUCUAGUAGUCCCCUCCAUGAUUAUUGAUCACAACAACCUGGGCCUUUGGGUAGUAAAUUUUGGCCCAAAUUCGAUGGACAUCCAGAGUGACACCAGACUUGCUGAAGCAACACCACUAGCCCCUGAUGAUAUCGCUGCAUCCACAGGCUCAUUCUGUUUUGAUGAUGCAACAGCAGAUUCUGCCGAAGCUAUUGAGUGGUAUGCUCUGGUCUCUGACAUGACAUUGACAGGGGAGGCCCCUGUGGAGUUAAUCAAAAAUUCUGUGCAUCCCUUGCCAAACCUUUCCUCAAUCAAACCAAAUGAGAUUCAGAUAGCAGUAGAACCUUGGCCAAGCAUCACCAACCCUCAACUGCACCAAGCUUCUUUCUCCUCUCCCAAGUCCACUCCUUUCUCUAAUGCAUGCAAAAGAUCUUACUCCUUUGACAACUAUUGGCCCAGAGUCAGUUGUUUCCCAGUGUCAACCUCCACCUGA